GCUUCUAAGAAAACUAUGGAUCUUUCUUUCGAAUAAUUGUGUGGCUCAGAUUCGUCAUUCCCGCGGAAGCAAACCCACAGCUGCACUCACAGCAACAACAGCUGGCAACGCCCAAGCCACCACAACUCUCUCUGUCUCUCUGGAAUACCGGUAGCAUUGCCAAACAUACACCCGGAGAGCUUGUACGGUAGACAGAAGCACCUCUGGCUGUGCAUUUAUCCCCACAUUCCAAAGAAGAGGAAGAAGAAGAGCCAGGAAGAAAGAAAGAAAGAAAGAACCUUAACCAUGGGUAUCAAGGUUCGGUUUGACGGUCUGGACGUGAUGGCCAUGGUGAGUCAUUUGAACCAUGUGGCAUUGGGCCGUCGAGUGAUUAACAUUUACGAAGGAGAUACGAACGAUUCCUUUCUCUUCAAGUUGGAUCACACGGGUGCUGCAACUUCCACUAGCACAGGAGGAGAAGACGACAAGGAAAAGCUCAUGUUGUACAUGGAAUCGGGCAUUCGGUUUCACGGGACGCAACGUCAAAACAAUGCCACAGUGGGCGGCGGCGGUCUCAACAAGCCAUUGGCGCCCUUUGUCUUUCAAUUGCGCAAACAAUUGCGUGGAUUGCGAUUGGAACAAGUGACGCAAUUGGGACAAGGAGAUCGUGUGGUCCAUUUCGUCUUUGGAAUGGGAGCCCAACGUCGGGCGCUCUUGUUGGAACUCUACGCCAAGGGAAAUCUCGUCCUCUGCGAUGCCAAUUACACCAUUAUGGCAUUGUUGCGGUCACAUCAGUAUCAGACAAACAACAACAACAACAAUACUGACAAGAGCAAUGCUGCUGGAGCUGUUCAGGUACAAGUGGGGCAGGUAUAUCCCGUAACCUAUGCCGCCAGAAAUGUGGUUGUGACCAAUGACGACAACAAUAAUGACACUAAACAAGCAGAAGAAGAACAAGAUAAAGAAUCCACAGAAGAAGAUAAACAAGAAGAACAACCCCAAGGUCCAUUAUCUGUGACGGCAUCAUCCUCUGCAGAAGAAUGGUCUGCCUGGGCCACAGAGCAAGUACAACACCAGCAAGCAACUAUGCAACAACAGGCUGCUACUAACAGCAACAACAACAACAAAAAGAACAGCAAAAAAGACAAACAAGCGGGACAACACAUCAAUCUCAAAACAUUGCUACUCAAACCAUCCUGUGGAAUCUCACAUUAUGGACCCAACUUUUUGGAACAUUGCAUCCUCAAGACUGCAGGCUGGAAACCGCAUGUCCCUCUCCAAAAUAAUAAUAGUGACGACAACAACGACAACAAUCUACCUCCUAUCGAAGAAUGGCAACAAUUCUUGCAAGUGCUGGCAGAGGAAUCCGCCAAACUGGACGCCAAUCCCAAAGCUACUACUACUUCGGCCGAACCGCCCAAGGGAUACAUUUUGUAUUCUCACAAGAAAAAGAAAUCCACCACCAAAAAUGAUGAUUCCAAUGACAAUGACGACGACAAUAAACAGGAUGCCGCCAUCACCCAGGCCAACACGAUCGAUGGCACAUCCUUUUUUACCGACAAGGUACUGGAAGAAUUCCAACCCUACCUACUCUUGCAACAACAUCAAGGACGUCACGUACUUGAAUUUGGUACUUUCAACGAAGCCGUCGAUACGUUUUAUGGACAUUUGGAAGGACAAAAACGAUUGCUCAAAGCCGAAGCGGCCGAACAGGCCGCCACCACCAAAUUGGAAAAGAUUCGACACGAUCAACAAGUGCGAUUGCAAGGAUUGGAAGUCGAGCUGGCACGGGUCCAAGAACAAGCCCAAGUGGUGGAAUGGAAUGCCGACCGGGUGGAAGCGGCAUUGACCGUCAUCAAUUCCGCAUUGGACAGUGGAAUGGAUUGGGAACAAUUGGAGCAGUUGAUACAGGUAGAACAGAAAGAAAAUCACAAUCCAAUUGCUCUACUAAUUUACGAGUUGGAUUUGGAACAGGAUUCCAUGGUGUUGGAAUUGCCGACGGCAGACUGCAAUGAAGAGGAUGACGAUAAUGAGGAGGAAGAGGAGCAGCCGGCAGAAGAGGAGCAACACACCAACAACAAAAAGAAAAAGAAGGGCAAACAGCAACAGAAUGGAAAGGGAGGAGCUGACGCACAGGCAGCCCGGAAGAAAAAGGUCAAGAAAAAUCACGUUUUGGUCACUAUUUCCCUCAAAGAAUCGGCUCAUGGCAAUGCCAGCCAGUUGUUUGCCAAGUAUCGGGCCAUGAAGGAAAAGUCACAACGAACCGUAGAAGCAUCCACCAAGGCAUUAAAGGCGGCAGAAGAAACAGCACAACGACAACUGGCCGAUGCCAAGCAAAAAACGCAACAAGCCACCAACACGACGGCACUCGGCAGCAAUGUCAAGCCACCGUGGUUCACCAAAUUCCAUUGGUUCAUCACCAGCGACAAUUAUCUCGUCUUGGGUGGUCGGGAUGCUCAUCAGAAUGAAGUUCUCGUCAAAAAAUACCUGCGACCCGGAGACGCGUACCUGCAUGCCGACGUUCACGGAGCCGCGUCUUGCAUCUUGCGAGCCAAGCGCAUUCGAGGACCAUCGAAAAAAGGCAGCAGCAAAAAGGCAACUCAGACGCUUCCUCUCUCAGAACAAGCAUUACGAGAGGCUGGCAACUUUACCAUUUGUCGAUCCUCGGCAUGGACGUCGAAAAUGGUCACGUCGGCAUGGUGGGUAGAGUCGCAUCAGGUUAGCAAAACAGCACCCACGGGAGAAUACCUAAAGGUCGGAGCCUUUAUGAUUCGAGGGAAAAAGAACUUUCUUCCACCGACACAGUUGGAAAUGGGCAUCGGUGUCAUGUUUCGUCUAGCGACUCCGGAAGGGACACUGGACCCAGCAACAUACGCACGGCACAAGAACGAACGUCGCGACUUUGCCCUCAUGGAGAUUUUGGAGUUACAGCAAGAGGAUGACGACGAUGACGACCACGACGAUGAUGUUGCCCCAGUAGCACGCGGCAACAAUAGCCGAGAUGAGAAGGUUGCUGCAGAGGAGGAGGAGGCGAACACCGAAAAAGCUGCCACUGAUGAAGCUGAAAAACAGGGGCCCACGACUGAAGAAAUGCCUGCCUCUGCGAGCAAUCUAUCAACAGAUGAGGCCACCGGUGAAGAGAACGGAACCAAGUCUUCGCAGGAGCAGCAGAAUGAUGACAAGGAGGCCUCUGCGUCGCCGAAGAACUCUGCUAGUGAAAAGGAGUCAAAUCCAGCUUCGGAACCAUCACCGGCACCGUCGACAGAAAAGAAAAAGAAGAAGGGGCUCUCUGUGAAAGAACGAAAGCUGAUCAAGAAGUAUGGAUCACUCGAGGAAGCUGAAAGAGUCUUGGCUGAACGAGAGAAGAAGGAACAGGAAGACAACGAGAAAGCGAAGCUGUUAGUGCCCGCUGAUUCUGCCGAGGAAGAAGAGGACGAGCCUGACGACGCCAACAACAACCAAGGGAGCAUGAAACGGGGGAAAAGGGGCAAGAAGAAGAAAGCGGCCAGGAAGUAUGCAGACCAGGAUGACGAAGACCGAGAACUUGCGAUGUUGGCCUUGCAGGGAGGAGAGAAGGUCAAAAAAGCGAACAAAGACAAACGAAACGUUGGCCCUGCUUCGGAGGAACAAAAGCAGGCUGCUGCAGAAACCACCGCUCUGUUGGUAAAAGAUGCCGCAGAAUUCGCGGAGAAACUGCCAGAGGACAUUCGGUCGGUGCUUGCGGAUUGCGUAACUGUACAAAACAAGGGAGACGAAGAAGUUGUUGUGAGGUGGGAUAAGUUUGACGCAGACGUUCUGGAUCAACUCAUCUCUUUUGAAGGGCCACAUGAAGCCAAGCUGAAGGCAUCCAAACGACUCUUGUUUCUCAAAAGUACUAGUCGAGUGGACAACUUCUCGGCAAGUCUCGCUGGUAUCCUUCGUACAAUCAAAAAGUAUGGGUAUGAGAAUCUCGAGACCGACUUGGACACGAAGGCCAAUGGCAAGGGCUCUGACGGGGCUAAGCGAAAGACAAAAGAGGAGAAGAAAGCAGAAAGUGCCGAAUGGAAGGAAACACUUGCAGAAGAGGGUGUUGUAGCGGAAGACGGAGAAGAGGACGAAGAUGCGGACAUUGACGAUACCGCAGAGAACAACAAACUCACCGGAAAGCCCCAUCCAGAGGAUGCCCUUGUGUACGCCUUGCCAGUCUGCGCACCAUAUCAGACUCUUUCACAAUACACAUACCGUAUCAAACUCACUCCGGGCAACAUGAAGCGAGGGAAAGCAGGCAAGCAAUGUGUUGACAUGUUCUUGAAAGGGGACAUUGGAGGAAUUGCCGGUAAGAACACGCCGUCAGCGAUUGCUGAGGUUUGCAAAGACCUGAUCAAGAAGGUUGGCGACAACGACUGGAUCCAAAGUCUUUGUCCAGAUGUCAAGAUCUCUUCCGCUGGAGCCAGUAAGGCUACAAAGAAGCAAAAGGCUAAUAACAAAGCCAAGGCUAGGAAGAAAAAAUAAGCUAAGCUAUCCCACACCAUCAUUUGCUAUCGUAAGGAUUGAAUGAAUUUUGACCCCUGACCCAUAGUUAAGGUCCUCACGAACAUCGGAGACAAGGACGAAUCAGCUUCAGUUGGGGUGCUCGUCAUCCGACGCAAAGGGACAACCAGAAAGAGCACUCCACAUGUCGCAGUUUUCAUCGCAUUUUGUCUUGACUCCACCGCUUCGUGAUUUGUCUUUGCCCGAAUCCGUCAGCUGAACUUCGAUCGACUGGCUCGCAUCGCUAUUAUGAUGAACUUCGAUCGCAGUACCAUCCCGAGCCCCGCAUCGGUCCUUUUCGUGCUGCUUCAACACACUGCGAAUCGAUGGACUUGAAAGAUUGGUUUUGUCAUUGAGGGGGCCUGGAGACGACGAUGGGCUAGACGGAGGGUUUCUGUCCUCCACAUUCUCAAUGGGUACGAUCCUAUCUACCUUGACGAACGUGGGCAGUUCGUCAGGCGACUUCCAUUGCAAACAAUGAGCAAUAUCUGCUUGGGGUUGAGAAGUGGGGGCUGCCUCAUGAACCACGAAAAUCUCGUCCUUCGAGUUUUCGUUUCCGUCGUCAGUGCUCCCGCCAACAGUGAACAUGCCCAAGACGUUGCCUAUGAUUUGUUGAGGGAAUUCAUUGGUGAUGCCGCUGAAGGCGUUUCCCAAAGACAUCUCCUGGUCGGCUGUGUCUCUGUCGUCCGCCGUCUUUGGUGCCUCGCUGGUCUCACCAUCAGUGAAGCUUUUGAUGCCGUCCUCUUCUUCGACAGCUUCAUCACCAACAAUCAAAUCGACACCCUCGCCCUCGCCAAGCAGGAUACUUUCUUCGCCCAUGGAUGACGCUGUCACAACAAUGUCGUCGAUCUCUUGGCUCCACAGAGUUGUCUCGACGUACUGCUCAUCAGACAACGGUUCCUGAGAAAGGCACAGAACGUGAUCUUCAAGCUCCGCCGAGUCGGCACCCAUCUCCUCCUCCUCUUCUGCUUGCUGCUCGUUCAACCUCUCCAGUUGUGAGAUGCUUCGGGCGAGCUCAUAUGCCCUCAUUGCUUCGCGGGUAUCAUGCUGCUCCUUUCCAGUGGUGCAUUGGACCUGCUUCUCCAGUCGCUCCAAUUCGGAUUCAUAGUCCACAAUCUGCGUAGCAAACAGUUGAUUCUCAAGACGAAGCUGUUCUAGCAAGUCCUUAUCCGCCGAGUUUCGAUGGGGUGGAGACGAUUUCUUUUUGGAAGGCUUGUGUCGCUUCUCUUCGCGAGUCAGGAUGUCAACCUCAUGUUUCAGGAUUCGAAUGGUCUCGCGAUGCUCAGUGUCAUGCUCCAAGAGCAUGUCUCGCUCCUUCUUGACUGAAUCGAGUUCUUUGCUCGUCGAUUCCAGUUGGUCUUGGUAGCGCUUGAUAUCCACGAGACUGCGCAGCUUGUCAUUGCGGAGAGUGUCCAAAGCACCCUUGAGCUGCAAUAUCUUGUUCGAGUCAUCACUGAGGAUUUCCUUGAGAGUGAUGCAUUCCUUCUCGAGACUCUUGGCCCUUGGCUUCCAGUAGAGUUCUGCAGUCAGUUUGGGUUGGUUGGCACCACCACCAGACCUUCUGUAUCGUUGUCGUUCUUCCAUGCUCAUUGGGUAGUCUGCAUGUAGCUUUCUGGUGGGAGGUGCCAUGGCAGGUUCGACAUGGAAUUGGGAUUCGGUCGGCUCUACUGAAACCUUUGCUUUGGACUUUGAUUCCUUUGAGAACAAGGCAAACACCUCCGCCAGUUGCCUUGGUGAAAUGCCAAGGGCUCCAUGGCAGGCUCGAUGAACUGGGACGUCCUCCGGAUCUUCCACAAUGGUUUCAGGGUCCGUAAUGUCGGGAGGAGAAAUGUCCGCACUGCCCGCAUCUUCCCAAUGUCUCCCACUGGGGCUCUUCAGUGUUUUCAUGGAAGCGAGUGAGUGUAGACUGUCGGUAUCCAUGGCUUCGAAUACGUUCGGGUCAAAUGAGAGAUCAAAAGUCUCCGAGGACAAAAUGCCCGAGCUACAGGUUGACACCUUGUCGUGGAGUUGAAUGUCGUCCUCCUCUUGUUGGACUUGGAUCUCAUCUUCGUCGUCAUCGAGAAUGGCCCGCCAAGACGAGUUUCUGGACAGUGACGACUUGUAGGUAGCGGCAGCCGAAGAUGCGGGCGACCUCAACUCGUCCUCCAUCAUCCGCAAACUGUCGCCGCCGUCGGUGGAUGCAUGAGACGAUGCUGCCAAUGACGGUACCGAUUCGGGCGACGAUGUUACCCCCAUGGUUGGUUGCUUUGUUGUUUGGUGCAACGUAAAGUGAUGGUCUCCUUCGCCAGUCAGUCAGUCAAAAGUGAACGUUAGUGCGGCCCCUUGAUGUGCAAUAGCCGAUGCAUCUGACUGAGAACUUUCGACAACGCGAGCUGCUUGUCACAAAGAGACGACCAACUACAUUUUGGAAAAUUGCUUUCGUAGAAUGAAUGAAAGGAGUUUUCCAUAAUACCGUUGUGGAUUCGUAAGGCAGUAGUGUGUGACUAGAGUGCGAUUGAGUAUGAAGUCGUGAGAGCCUGCACGACGAUGUAUCAUGUGGGACCAAUGACACUCAACGUUCCGCUCUGGUGGUUCCUCAUGAUCAUCAUCGCACCUAUCCUUCGCACCUUAGCCAAUGGUUGGCAAGGGCAGCGGAAAACUAGCUAGUUUAUCUAGCAGCCUCAUCCUUGGCUUGUUCUACCAAGGACCGUUGCCAAUUCAUGAGCUCUUUCUUAUAGCUAUCUGUACCAGUAUCCAGUAUCCCACCGGCAUACUUCAUGUUGACACAUGUUGCAUAUUCCAUGCAACGCCUGGCUCGAUAUCCAACCCGCCCAAAGAUUCGGAGAAAUUUGGCUAGGUGUGGGAUGACGUCCCAACCCUACAUGCCUUGCAAUGGAUGGAACCUCUAGCAACACCACCAUGACUACGUACCCCGAACAGCACAACGAUCCUACAUGUAGUGAUAGUAUAAACAAUCUAUUAAAUAAUACUGUUCUUACAAAAAAAAGUGAGUAUGUUCCCCUGAUUCUAUUGUUGUUUUCGCGUGACGGAAACGGGCGAUUGUCGAUGUUUGGAGGGACUGGACCUAGUUUGAUACUCUCGUUCCAAGUCUGUCUCUUCACAGGCAUCGAGUACUUGAUCGUCAUUCUUGACCAAAUUGCACAAGAGCAUGGAGAGUGUGGAUUGAAUGACGGCCACGUCUUCGACCUGACAUCCCGACACUUUUUCGAGGGUUCGUACAAACUUGGCUUGUGCUUUUGGGGACAGCAGUGAAACGUCCAUGCCUUCCAUGGCAUUCAAGAGUGCCGCCAAUCCAAUUUCCGACGGAUGGAUAUCCACCAACGAGUGUUCCGAAAUGGCCAAUUCCGUUUGGUAGCGGGCAUAAUCCAUCAUGGCUUCCGCCACGGCGGGAUGUACCGUGUCUGGUAGCAAUGCCAAGUAGUGUUGAAUAAACCCCAACGCCGUGGGUCCACCGACCCUCCAUUUGAGCGCCUGCAAUAACUCUUCUUCCUUGUGGACAAAUUCCAUUUCUUCAUAACAUCCGCGCGACAAGUCGGCCAAUAGGGCCGUUUCCAUUUCCAAAGGUUCGUGAAUUUUAAUGGCAAUGUAGAGUGCCGUCAUGGCCGUUAAUUGGUAUUCCUUGCGAUUGGCCAACGCCGAACGACCGGGACGCGAGCACAAGUAGCGAUCCAAAUACGACAUGCCAAUCGAGACUGUCUCGCGACGAAAUUUACAAAAGUCCACCACCUAAUCGAAUGAUGGCAGUAGUAGAAUCAGAUGAGAUACACCUCUUUCUCAUCAUUGCUUCUGUUUGAUAAUGACAUACCUGAUAACACCACUCGCACAUUUUGACGCGGCAAUCUUCAUCAAUGGGUUUGUUGACGCGCUUGAGCAGUUCGCCGUGUUUCUUGAGAUAAUCAAAGACUCGAUACGUUCCACUCUCUUGUUGUCGCAUUACCUUUAGCCGAUCUGUCACUUCGAUGGGAUCCACCAGCGUCAACAGCGCAUCUUCCAAGGGCGUCGGGGUCAACACCAGGGCCGGCAUGGUUCACAAAUACUCCUCUGCCUGCAAAUUAGUGAAUAGAUUGCUCAAUCUUUCUUUGGAGAAAGGGAGGGAAAAUGAAUGAAUGAAGGGCGUUGAAUGGAUCCUUGUCGGGUUUUCCAGAGAAAGAGAGAUCCGUUCGGAGGCGCCAACUUCUGUACCGUGGAAACUUCUAACACAUGCAACAGGAUACCCAAACACUCCCAAAUCAAACAGAAAGAAUGAGAUUCCAAACAGAUCUUUCGUUCUCUAGAAACUUCUGGCGCCUUGCAGACGACUAGCUGGUGGUACCGUCCGUUGGUCCUGUCUUUGAUCAAUCUUCAAGCCUUGUCACUAUGAAUGCAUGUUAGCUCGUUGAUUGGGUUGGUUACGUUGUGGGAAUACAUUGGUUGGUGG